AUGAUCCAACCCCAGCAGCUGCGAGCUGAGAGGCAUAUCAACCCUCAGGUUCCUUCCUGCCGCACCCCCAUCACGCUGCAGAGAAAUGUACAGCCUCCGGGGAAGAAAUGCGGGGAGGGAGAUUCUUCCGAGGGUGUCAUCACCAGGGUCUUUGUCAUUGAGGUGAAGACGAAAGGGGGAGCCAAGUACCUCAUCUACCGCCGCUACCGCCAGUUCUAUGCCUUGCAGACCAAGCUGGAGGAGCGGUUCGGGCCAGAGAACAAGACCAGCCCCUUCACCUGCAGCCUCCCCACCCUCCCAGCCAAAGUCUACAUGGGUGUGAAGAAGGAGAUAGCUGAGAUGCGGAUACCCGCCCUCAAUGCCUACAUGAAGAACCUGCUCAGCCUGCCCAUCUCGGUGCUGAUGGACGACGAUGUCCGGAUCUUCUUUUACCAGUCAUCCUAUGACUCGGAGCAGGUGCCCCAGGCGCUCCGCCGGCUCCGCCCACACACUCGGAAAGUGAAGAGCGUCUCCCCACAAGGCCCCAGCUUUGACAACAUGGCAGCACCGCGAGCAGAGGCCCUGUUUGACUUCACUGGAAACAGCAAACUGGAGCUGAAUUUCAAAGCCGGAGAAGUGAUCUUCCUUCUCAGUCGAAUCAACAAGGACUGGCUGGAGGGCACUGUCCGGGGAACCACCGGCAUUUUCCCGCUGUCCUUCGUGAAGAUCCUCAAGGACUUCCCUGAGGAAGACGACCUCACCAACUGGCUGCGCUGCUACUACUAUGAAGAGACAAUCAGCACCAUCAAGGACAUCGCGGUGGAGGAAGACCUUAGCAGCACUCCAACGUUCAAAGACCUGCUGGAGCUCAUGAGGCGGGAGUUCCAGAGGGAGGACAUCGCCCUGAAUUACCGGGACGCGGGGGGAGAUAUGGUUCGGCUGCUAUCGGACGAGGAUGUGGAGCUCAUGGUGAGGCAGGCCCGAGGCCUCCCUUCCCAGAAACGCCUCUUCCCCUGGAAGCUGCACGUCACCCAGAAGGACGACUACAGGGUCUACAACACCGUCCCCUGAGCGAAGGUGCCCCUGGGACACCUGGAAGAGAGACUUCAGGACCUCCAGGAAAGCCUGGGAGCAGGGUACAGACAUCCUGGUCCAAGUCUCACGGCCCCACUGGGCUUGGCUCUCUCUUGUACUCUCUCUGUUUCCACACUUUAUCUCUGAAAUAAACCAUUUUGACUCAA